GCAUUUGGUAUGUAACCCAGGCUGGUAUUGAACCUAUCCUUCUGCCUCAUGCUGGGAAUACAGAGCUGCCAGAUGCUGUUAAAUCAACUGAGAGAAAUCACAGGCAUUCAGGAUCCUUCCUUUCUUCAUGAAGCUCUCAAGGCUAGUAAUGGUGACAUUACCCAGGCCGUCAGCCUUCUCACUGAUGAAAGAGUAAAGGAGCCCAGUGAAGACACUGUUGCUACAGAACCAUCGGAAAUAGAGGGCAGUGCUGCCAGCAGAGAAGUGUUAGCAAAAGUAAUAGACCUUACUCAUGAUAACAAGGAUGACCUUCAGGCUGCCAUUGCUUUGAGUCUUCUGGAGUCCCCCAAAAUUCAAGCUGAUGGAAGAGAUCUUAACAGGAUGCAUGAGGCAACCUGUGCAGAAACUAAACGCUCAAAGAGAAAACGCUGUGAAGUCUGGGGAGAAAACCCCAAUCCCAAUGACUGGAGGAGAGUCGAUGGUUGGCCAGUUGGGCUGAAAAAUGUUGGCAACACAUGUUGGUUCAGUGCUGUUAUUCAGUCUCUUUUUCAGUUGCCUGAAUUCCGAAGACUUGUUCUCAGCUAUACUCUACCACAGAAUAUACUUGAAAACUGUCGAAGUCACACAGAAAAGAGAAAUAUUGUUUUUAUGCAAGAGCUUCAAUAUUUAUUUGCUUUGAUGAUGGGAUCAAAUCGAAAAUUUGUAGACCCUUCUGCAGCCCUGGACCUGUUAAAGGGAGCAUUCCGGUCAUCAGAGGAACAGCAGCAAGAUGUGAGUGAGUUCACACACAAGCUCCUGGACUGGCUGGAGGACGCGUUCCAGCUAGCUGUUAAUGUUAAUAAUCCCAGGAACAAAUCUGAAAAUCCUAUGGUGCAGCUAUUCUACGGGACUUUCCUGACAGAAGGGGUUCGUGAAGGAAAGCCCUUUUGCAACAAUGAGACCUUCGGCCAGUAUCCCCUCCAGGUAAAUGGUUAUCGCAACUUAGAUGAAUGUUUGGAAGGGGCCAUGGUGGAGGGUGAUUUUGAGCUUCUUCCUUCGGAUCACUCAGUGAAGUAUGGCCAAGAGCGUUGGUUUACAAAGCUACCUCCAGUGUUGACCUUUGAACUCUCUAGAUUUGAGUUCAAUCAAUCUCUUGGGCAGCCAGAGAAAAUUCAUAAUAAACUGGAAUUUCCUCAGAUUAUUUAUAUGGACAGGUACAUGUACAGGAGCAAGGAGCUUAUUCGAAGUAAGAGAGAAUGUGUCCGAAAGUUGAAGGAAGAAAUAAAAGUUCUUCAACAAAAAUUGGAAAGGUAUGUGAAGUAUGGCUCAGGCCCUGCUCGGUUCCCACUCCCAGACAUGUUGAAAUAUGUUAUUGAAUUUGCCAGUACAAAGCCUGCCUCAGAAAGCUGUCUGUCUCAGAGUGACACACACGUGACUUUGCCACUUCCUUCAAUGCACUACCCAGUUUCUGAUCUGACAUCCAAGGAAAGUACAAGUGCAGAAGGCCCUUCUCAGAAUAUUGAAAGUUCCUUUUCUUCUCCUGAAGACUGUCUACACCAGUCUGAGGUAAUGACUACCCCUCCAAGGUCUUCCCUGGGAAUGCCUAUGCUCCCUGCUCCUCGAACAGUCACUGAUGAAGAGAUGAACUUCGUUAAGACCUGUCUUCAGAGGUGGAGGAGUGAGAUUGAACAAGACAUACAAGAUUUAAAGAAUUGUAUUGCAAACACCAACCAGACUAUUGAGGAGAUGUACCGCGAUCCUCUUCUUUGUCAGGUGCCUUACCGCUUACAUGCAGUUCUUGUUCAUGAAGGACAAGCAAAUGCUGGACACUACUGGGCCUAUAUUUAUAACCAGCCUCGGCAAACCUGGCUCAAGUACAAUGAUAUCUCUGUCACUGAGUCUUCCUGGGAAGAACUUGAAAGAGAUUCUUAUGGAGGCCUGAGAAAUGUUAGUGCUUACUGUUUGAUGUAUAUCAAUGACAAGCUACCCCACUUCAAUGCAGCCCCAAGUGAACCAGAGCAGAUGCUGGGAGAGUUGGAUGCCCUGUCUGUGGAGCUCAAGCAUUACAUUCAAGAAGAUAACUGGCGGUUUGAGCAGGAAGUUGAGGAAUGGGAGGAAGAACAGUCAUGCAAAAUCCCUCAAAUGGAAUCCUCCAGCAGCCCAUCAUCCCAGGAUUUCUCUACGUCACAAGAGCCACCAGCAGCCUCUCCUCCGGGGGUUCGCUGCUUGUCAUCUGAGCACGCAGUGAUUGUGAAGGAGCAGACUGCCCAGGCCAUCGCAAACACAGCUAGAGCCUAUGAGAAGAGUGGGGUGGAAGCAGCUUUGAGUGAGGCGUUCCAUGAAGAAUACUCCAGGCUCUAUCAGCUCGCCAAGGAGACACCCACCUCCCACAGCGACCCUCGACUUCAGCAUGUUCUGGUCUACUUUUUCCAAAAUGAAGCUCCCAAGAGGGUGGUAGAGCGGACCCUUCUAGAACAGUUUGCGGAUAAAAAUCUUAGCUAUGAUGAAAGGUCAAUCAGUAUCAUGAAGGUGGCUCAGGCUAAGCUGAGGGAAAUUGGACCAGAUGACAUGAAUAUGGAAGAGUACAAGAAGUGGCAUGAAGAUUAUAGUUUGUUCCGAAAGGUGUCUGUAUAUCUCCUGACAGGCCUAGAACUCUAUCAGAAAGGAAAGUACCAAGAAGCGCUGUCCUACUUGGUGUAUGCCUACCAGAGCAACGCUGCACUGCUGAUGAAGGGCCCUCACAGGGGGGUGAAGGAAUCAGUGAUUGCUUUAUACCGGAGAAAAUGCCUUCUGGAACUGAAUGCCAGAGCAGCUUCUCUCUUUGAAACAAAUGAUGAUCAUUCUGUAACAGAAGGGAUUAAUGUGAUGAAUGAGUUGAUCAUUCCCUGCAUUCACCUGAUCAUUAACAAUGACAUCUCCAAGGAUGAUCUGGAUGCCAUUGAGGUCAUGAGAAACCACUGGUGCUCUUACCUUGGGCAAGAUAUUGCAGAAAAUCUGCAGCUGUGCUUAGGAGAAUUUCUACCUAGGCUUCUAGAUCCUUCUGCAGAAAUCAUUGUCUUGAAGGAACCUCCAACGAUUCGGCCCCAUUCUCCCUAUGACCUUUGUAGCAGAUUUGCAGCUGUCAUGGAGUCAAUUCAAGGAGUUUCAACUGUGACAGUGAAAUAAGGCCCUUAUGUUCAAGGCCACCCUAGUCUCAGGCUGCCUACCUGCUGCACGUCAGUCUGUUGUCAUGGUUUUCCCCUGGGGAAAGAGAAUAGGGAGGAGUAAGAAUCAGAUCCACACCACACCCUUGCUGCCUGUUUGAAGAAGGAUUAAAGAUUGCACUGUUUAGGUACUGGUACAAGAAAGCUAAUCCACUAGCAAAGGCAGGAAGCAUCAUAUUAAGGUAUUGAGUUAAGCCAGAAGACCUGAAAUGCCUUCGAACUUACCUUAAUGCAUGGACUUAUUUUUAAGCCUCUUGCACCUCUUAAAUUAUGCUUCAGGCAUAAGUAUUUUUGACAGCAGAAUAGAGGAGUGAUUCAUCAGAACCUGAACCAGAUGAGCAGCUACGAGUUAUUUUAUCAAGCACAGUGACAUUUUAAGACUUAGCCACCAGAGAUUACUAAUACAAGGCUUGCCUGCCUCUUGACAGGUGAUGGUAAAAUGGGUUGUUGAUGAAGCUCCACCCGGCUCCCUGUGGGUAGAACCUAAGGCCCCACGGCAGUGAGAUGAUGAAAGUGGAAGGAGAGCUGCCUCUCUCCUCCUCCUCUGUUACAUUUCUAAAUAAACCAGAAAACCUCAUAGUCCUAAGUGAGAGAAAGGAAGCGUAAAGGACUUUAGACAGGAUGGCAUUAUGAAGCUUGACUAAAUAUAGCAUUUAUUAGUUCUUGUUAACUAGGCAGUUUUCAAAAACAGGUGUCUAAGGCUGCUACUGGCCCAGUAGAACAUUUUAAUCCCCUUUCUUUGAUUUUAACAAAUAAGGGAUGUGGAUUUGUAAAAAGAAAAAAAAUUAUCUAUAUAUAUGUAUAUAGAGAGAAAAAACCAUUUUUAAAGGAUUUGUGUCCUUUGGGGUUUAUGUCUUUGGAAAUUAAUGUUUUAACCAAAUUUUAGAGAUUAAUCAUGGUAGGGAAGAACACACAACUAUGCAGAUUUUAUAAAUGUGCAAUAAAAGUAUUUGUUUUA